UUUAAGUAAUGUGUUUGCGGAGAUUUUAUUACAACAAAGUGUUGAGUGUCUGAAAUUAACACAGUAAGCAAGUUAGCAUGUAGAGUGCAUGCAGAACUCGUCCUGUGACAACAGGAAGAGACAACUAGAUGUUAACGGUAACGUUAGUGUGUGUAUAGGCUAUUCGCUCAGCCAGGAGACAGUUGAUCUGAUGGGGAAGCUUGGCAGUCAGAAUUAAGAGGUGGGGAGGGACUGAUGCCAUUUUAUUUCCCAUGUUAAUAUUGAACGUAUGUAAGUUGAGCUAGUCCAGCAAACUAUAAAAGAAUAGUCUACAAUAUGUUUCGGAAAAAAAAGGAUUUAUCCAAGACCCCUUCAGUGUUAAAGAAGGGCAACGUUAACGCAGGAAAUCCCGGACCUCAUAGCCCAUCUCUGUCCUCUCUGCAGGAGCAGUCCACCAUAGAUGGUGUGGAUGGCCCUCUGUCUACUUUGCCUGGCCCUCUGGAUGCCGUCUCCAUGUCGUGCCCAGGCACCCCGUCUGUGCUGCACAGCAAGCUGGUGAACUGCCCAUCACCGGUGAACACCCUAAGGCGGCCCAAGACCCUGAGCAGGCACGCCAGUGCUGCAGGCUUCCCCAUGCAGACAGCCGGCGCCUGGGCCUUCAGCCGGGGACACAGCCGCGGCCUGGCCCAGAGCCCCACUACAGAGACUGCGGAGGUGGGCGCUGCCAUCGAGGUGGAGGACAUUCCGGCCUUACUGCGGGAUGUAGCACGCUUCGCUGAGGCUGUGGAGAGGCUGAAGGAUGUGGUGCUGGGGGAAGAUAAGGACGAGUUAAGGCGUGGACUUGCACAUGAGUGCUUAGGUGAGGUGUUGCGCGUUCUGCGCCAGGUCAUCGGCACUUACCCACUGCUCAACACCGUGGAGACCCUUACAGCAGCCGGAACACUCAUCUCUAAGGUCAAAGGGUUCCAUUUUGAGGCCAGCAACGAGACGGAGAAGAAGGACUUUGAGAAGGCCAUUGAGACCAUUGCUGUUGCGUUCAGCAGCAAUGUUUCUGAGUUGCUGAUGGGGGAAGUGGACAGCAGCACCCUCCUCUCUCUACCUCCUGCAGAGAAGAGCAGGUCAAUGGAGAACCUGUAUGGGGGAUUUCCUGGACAAGGGUUGGAUUCACCAAGAAAUGACCAGCUGGAGUGUUGUAUUAGUGCGGAGCAGGUGGAUGUUCUGCUGCAGCGUAGUGAGGGGGGUGUAGACUCGGCCCUGUCCUAUGCUAAGAGCAUCGCGAGGUACCUGAAGGAUGUGAUCAGCUACGUGGACAAGAGAAUCACACACGAGCUGGACUUUGCCAGGAAGAUGCAAAGCCUCUACCAAUCCUGCAAGGACAGCUUCACUAAGCCCCACAUGCCGCUCUUCUCCAUCUACUCUCUGGCCCUGGAGCAGGACCUGGAGCAGAGCAUGGGAGCACAGCAGGCCACUGGCAACAUGCACGCACACACCUUCAUACAGCCUUUGUUGCAGCGCAAGCAGGAACAUGAGAAGAAACGUAGAGAGAUUAAAGAACAAUGGCAGAGAGCAAAGAGGAAGCUGGUGGAGGCUGAGAACAACCUGCGUAAGGCCAAGCAGGCGUAUGUGGCUCGCUGUGAGGAGUACGAUAAGGCGCGCAGCGUGGUCAACAAGGUGGAGGAGGAGCAGAGUGGCUCAGCCACCAAGGGCCUCGACAAGAAGAGACGACUGGAGGAGGAAGCACGCAACAAGGCCGAGGAAGCGGAGGCCACAUACCGUACGUGCAUCGCUGACGCCAGCACCCACCAGCAGGAGUUGGAAGACGUGAAGGUGAACGUGUUGCGGCAGAUCCAGGACCUGAUCAAACAGACAGACCAAACGCUCCGCACUUGCACUAUCUACUACUACCAGAUCAUGCACAUGCAGACAGCUGCAUUGCCGGUGCACUACCAGACGCUGUGCGAGAGCUGCAAGCUGUACGACCCAGGCCAGCAGUACGCUGCCCACGUCAAGAACCUGCCCCUCAGUCAGGAGCCGCCUUCCACUUACACAUUUGAGCGGUACUCCGACACCAGCCAGGGUUCAACGCGGGUUCGAAGCCUCAGCGGCUCUGACAGCACCCCAGCUGCAGGGGAGUCUGGAUCUGGAGAUGCGGUCAAACAGAGGAGAGCGGGUCGAGACCAAUCCCAUAAGUCGUGGCCCUCUACCCUGAGCGACACAGACAGUGUGGGAGGGGCUAGUGGCCCAGGGUCCCCCACCACCAGCACAGGUGACAUCACUAAAGCCCAAAGGCCUGUUUCUGCGGGAACCCUAUCAUCUAGUGAAGAUCUGGAUGAAGGGGAUGGAAAUGUGGCCUCUUUCGAACGCAUGAACGGGAUGGAACCGGAGAUUGCCGUCCCCACUGGACCUUUCCGGAACGUGGGGCUUUCCAAGGCUGCAAAGACGCAUCGGCUACGCAAGCUGCGGACUCCGUCCAAGUGCCGGGAGUGUGACAGCUACGUGUACUUCCAGGGAGCGGAGUGUGAGGAGUGCUUUGUGGCCUGCCACAAGAAAUGCCUGGAGUCGCUAGCCAUCCAGUGUGGGCACAAGAAGCUGCAGGGCCGUCUGCAGCUGUUCGGCCGCGACUUCUCCAGCGUGCUGCAGGGCAGCUCGGACAGCAUCCCCUUCAUCAUCAAGAAGUGCAUCCUGGAGAUCGAGAAGAGGGCGCUCAAGAUGAAGGGCAUCUACCGUGUGAAUGGGGUGAAGACGCGUGUGGAGAAACUGUGCCAGGCCUUUGAGAACGGCAAGGAUCUGGUGGAGCUUUCUCAAGCUUCCCCUCAUGACAUCAGCAAUGUGCUCAAGCUCUACCUCAGACAGCUGCCGGAGCCCAUCAUGCCGUUCCGCAUGUACAACAGCCUGAUGGGGCUGGCCAAGGAGAGCCUGCAGCAGGCCGAGGGCUCGGAGGGAGGGGACGCAGGGAAGACCUCGGAGCUGGUGGACCGAGGGCCGGACACUGAGCCAGCGGUGGUGGCGCUGGUAGAGAAGCUCCAGGCACUGCUGCAGGAGCUGCCUCCGGCCAACAUCACCACGCUACGCUAUAUCACACGCCACCUGCAGAGGGUGUCGGAGCUGGAGCAGGACAACAAGAUGAGUCCCAGUAACCUUGGUAUAGUCUUCGGCCCCACGCUGAUGCGGCCCAAACCCACAGGGGCCACUGUGUCGCUGUCCUCGCUGGUUGACUACCCCCACCAGGCACGCAUCGUGGAGGCUCUCAUCGUCUUCCACAAACAGAUCUUCAGCCAGGACUCUGGGGGACUGCGGCCCCCCUGCCCGCCCUCAUUCCUCCACAGCCAAUCGCAGAAUGGUGGAGAGGAGAGGAGGCAGACGAAGCCCCAGGAAGGAGAAGAGGAGCAGAGCAGAGCUGACCCAGAGCAGUGCUGUGGGAACUCUCUUGGUUCAUCUGGCUCACGGGAGCGCUCUUUGGACUCCGACUCGGAGCUGGACGAGGUGGUUAGGCGACCCAGGCGGCGCCCCCCUCUGGCCAGUCAGGAGAGCGAGACAAGCACGGAGGACGACCAGCUGAGCCCACGGGUCAGCCUGGACCUGUCAGGCACGGUGCCAGAGACGAUCCCAGAGCAAUCCCCCAGCCACACAGAGACUGAGACGGCAGAGGCAGGGCCAGGGACGGGCGUCUCCGAAAGCACAGACAGGACAGUGGAGGACUGUCCACAGACUGAAGCAGAGCUGGCCUCUGCUGAAUAGGAACUGGGCGCCAUAUUCCUGUGGUUUAGUGUCCAGCACAGGUUUGUUGUUGCAUCAUAAAACCACACUUAGUUGGUGGAUUUAUUUUGAAGUCCUUGUUACCGGUAUAUUGUCCCUCUACUUAAGUGAAUGUGUUUGCUUUACACAAGUGGAUUUUGUCCUUUUGCAGAUUACUGUAGUAUACUGGAGUGCCUUUUUUAAGCUCAGGUUAUCUGUCUCAAGAGUGCAACAAUGGAAGGCUGUUUUGGAUAUGACCAGAAAAUGGAAUUCAACCAGUUUUGUUAGCUUAUGGAAGAAACAGGUGUAUUAUCACAGAGUCUACUACAUGUGCCAUUUUCUGUGUUCUUUUUUCCAAAAAUUGUGUAGAUUUUUUUUAUUAUUUUUGUGAUGGAAUUUUAGUAGCUACUUGUAUUAAUGUCACGUUAUUCAAACAGAGGAGUUACAGAAUAUCUUAAAUGCAGUAUCUUUACCUGGGAAUGUAGUUUUUUUUAUUUUCAUUUAAGUUGUUUCAGUUAAACCAUUUGGUCAUGUCACCUUUUCAUAUUCAGAGGCCUGUUAGUACUACUCUUCACCCUCAUUGUUACCGAGAUGUUUAUUUAUGUCAUACAAAUUCAUUUAUUCAAGGUAAAUUGACUUCAACUAUGCUUAAGAACAGGAAAGCAUUAACUAUUUACUUGAAAUUCAACUGUACAUCAGGCUUCAAGGAAUGAGUAGUGAGACACAAUAUAUUUCUCUUUUUGAAAGUUUUCUUAGUACGGUAUGGAGAGCCAGUCAUGUACUGUAAUGGAGCCAAAGACUGCGGUUGCACUGUUAAUAUGGUACUUCUUAUAUAUGAGCAUACUGUAGAGUGCUGCUGCCAACACUGAUUACUUUCUUUAGUACUUGAUUUCAGCAUAAUGUUCUUAAAUAUGGUAUGAUUUGAACAUUUUGCACAAUUCAACCAUGUAUUACUGUCUCUAUAAGGUCACAGAAAGUGGAUUUUAGGGAUCAGAUUUAACAUUUCCCCAUCACAUAGUAUUUGUCUCCAUUUAGUCCCACUACUGCUGGACAGAGUGAUGUAUUCCAUACACAGGGUUCCCACAGGUCAUGGAAUUUCUGGAAUAUCAUGGAGUUUUGCUAAAGUCUAUUCCAGACAUGGAAAGUCAGGGAAUUUUAUCAUAACUGGGGCGAAGUCAUGGAAUAUCAGGGAAUUUUGUUGUAGAAGUUUAGAAUAUACUUGCCAAAACACAUACAAAUGUAUUUUCACACAGAAUUGGUGUAUAUCUGGUUAUUAGCUUUACUGCAUGUUUAAGUGGUGAUGGGGAGCCCAAGUUUGUUUCCUAAAUACCCAUUUAUUCAUAUUCCGCUCUAAAAAAAGUCAAAGAUUCUUGAACGCUAUGCGGCUGCUCAGAAAUCUUCUCAUUAUAGGUCAUGGAAAUUCAGAUUUUUUGUCAUGGAUAGUCAGGGAAAAGUCAUGAAAUUUUACACUUGACUUAGAGUGGGAACCCUGCAUACAGUAGGUCAACAGACCAGGAAACAUAUUUAAUCCUCAGGUGUGUUUCCCUUAAAGUAUUGCUGGAUAGUAGGUAAAUCACUUUACAUUCGGGGAUUGGCAUUGGGACACACGGGGUGGCAUGUUUUGAGGUUACAGCUAUAUUUUGGGGGUUGAAACUUUUUUUCUUCAUUGUAAAAUCAGAUGUGAUCACCAGUCACCUAUGUCUACUCAUAUGGACAGCUCUGUAUUGCUUUUGAUUCCAUAGCUACUGGUAUUAACUGGAUGUAUUUUAUGAGAUUAUUGUACAAGACAAUGAAAUGCUCUUAAAUUAUAUAAAUCUAAGUAAUUACAAGUACAGACUGUAUGUAAAAAAUGUUUUAAUAAAUGGUCAUUUUACACAA